UCCAAGAUUCUUGAUCAAUAUCAAUAAACAACUUAGUAACAACAUUUUUGUGUAAUAUUGGGUUAAAUUAAGAACAAAUAACAUCUUACGACAUUAAUAAUUAUUUCUAAUCAACAAUUGUGACGCAUGCGUUGAUAAAUUGUUCAACUAAUAAAAAGCUAAACGAGGUCCCGCUCUUUGGAGUUCACGUUCAAUAAAAUACCUUUUAAGAUACCUUUUAGUAUUGUAGAAUUUGGUAUUGGUUGUUUCUUUAGUUUAUUAAAUAAUUCAUCAUCCAGUAGAAAUGGCUUCAGUGAAAGAAAUUGGAGGAUACAAAUUAGGUAACCUAAUCAUUGAAGGAAAAACAAAACAGGUUUACGAUGUACCCUCUGUGCCUGGACAUUGUAUCUUGUUAAGCAAAGACAGAAUCACCGCUGGAGAUGGUGUCAAGGCUCAUGAUUUGGCUGGAAAAUCUGUUAUCUCAAAUAAAACCAAUGGAAAAGUUUUCGAAAUCUUGAGGAAAGUUGGUAUGAAAACUGCCUAUGUAAAAUCAGUAUCAGACAAUGCCUUCCUUUCCAAAAAAUGUGAAAUGAUCCCCAUCGAAUGGGUUACUAGACGUCUGGCUACAGGAUCAUUCUUACGCAGACAUCCAGGUGUUAAGGAAGGAUUCCGCUUUACUCCAGUCAAACAUGAAACUUUCUUCAAGGAUGAUGCCAACCACGAUCCCCAAUGGUCUGAAGAACAAAUCAUUUCUGCUGAAUUCAAGGUCAAUGGUGUUGUGAUUGGAAAACACGAAGUAGAUUUAAUGACUAAAACAUCAAUCAUAGUUUUCGAAAUCCUCGAAAAAGUUUGGGCAACAAGAAAUUGUGCACUUAUAGACAUGAAGAUCGAAUUUGGAGUUGAUGAUCAAGGUAAGAAAUUCAAGUUUUAUAAAAAAAUUAUCAUUGUGCCUCAUCAUUCGAUUUUAUUCACAAACAUCUUUUUCAUUUUUCAUAGUAAUUGAAGACAAAUAAGAGUU